CUCCAAUUUGCGCUCAGGGCCCCGGCAACCGUGCGGCCAUGGACCGGUCGCGGCAAAUCGGCGCCUUCGUGGUGUGGGACUACGUGGUGUUCGCCGGCAUGCUGCUCAUCUCGGCCGUCAUCGGCAUUUACUACGCCUUCGCGGGGCGCAGCAAGCAGACUUCCAAGGACUUCCUGACGGGCGGCCGCAGGAUGACCGCCGUGCCUGUGGCGCUGUCUCUCUCCGCCAGCUUCAUGUCCGCCGUCACCGUCCUGGGCACCCCCACCGAGGUGUACCGGUUCGGGGCCAUAUUCAGCCUCUUUGGCUUCACCUACCUCCUCGUGGUGGUCAUCAGCGCGGAGGUCUACCUGCCGGUGUUCUACAAGCUGGGAAUUACCAGCACCUACGAGUAUUUAGAACUUCGAUUUAACAAAUAUGUUCGUCUCUGUGGAACAAUCAUCUACAUCAUUCAAACAGUUCUCUAUACUGGAAUUGUUAUUUAUGCCCCUGCCCUGGCUUUGAAUCAAGUCACAGGAUUUGAUCUGUGGGGCGCAGUGGUGGCCACAGGGGUGGUCUGCACGUUCUACUGUACACUGGGUGGUCUUAAGGCCGUUAUCUGGACGGAUGUUUUCCAAGUCGGGAUCAUGCUGGCUGGGUUUCUGUGUGUAAUCAUACAAGCCGCAGUGGUUCAAGGUGGAAUCAGCAAUAUCGUAAAUGAUGCCUAUAAUGGUGGAAGAUUGAACUUCUGGAAUUUCGACCCCAACCCUUUGCAAAGACACACGUUCUGGACAAUCAUUAUAGGAGGGACCUUCACAUGGACCAGCCUGUAUGGUGUCAACCAGUCCCAAGUGCAGAGAUACAUUUCCUGCAAAAACAGAUUCCAGGCAAAACUGUCUCUCUACAUCAAUCUGCUGGGACUCUGGGUCAUCCUCGUCUGCGCGGUGCUCUGCGGGCUCGCCCUCUAUUCCAGGUACCAAGACUGCGAUCCCUGGACAAACAAGGAAGUGUCUGCGCCAGACCAGCUCAUGCCGUAUUUGGUAUUGGACAUCCUGCAAGAUUACCCAGGACUUCCUGGGCUUUUUGUGGCCUGUGCUUACAGUGGAACGUUAAGCACAGUGUCCUCUAGUAUUAAUGCCUUAGCAGCAGUCACUGUGGAAGAUCUGAUCAAACCACGCUUGAGAUCAGUCUCAGAAAGAUCUCUGUCUUGGAUUUCCCAAGGAAUGAGUGUGCUGUUUGGAAUCCUGUGUAUUGCAAUGGCUGCUCUGGCAUCACUCAUGGGGGCUUUGUUGCAGGCAGCACUCAGCAUAAUCGGCAUGAUCGGUGGACCGCUUCUGGGCUUGUUUUCUUUGGGCAUUUUGGUUCCCUUUGCCAACUCAACUGGAGCACUCGUUGGUCUGUUGGCUGGAUUUGGUGCUUCUUUCUGGGUCGGAAUUGGAGCUCAGCUUUAUCCCCCUCUUCCGGAGAGAUCCAUGCCGCUUCCCCUCCAAACCAGUGGCUGUACUAAUAGCACAGGCAAUGGGACAAAUUGGAUGACAACUACAGAAAUGCCGUUUUCUACUAGUGCUUUGCAAAUACACAAUGUCGAAAGGACUCCACUCAUGGAUAACUGGUAUUCCUUAUCGUACCUGUACUUCAGCACCCUUGGGACUUUGGUGACGUUACUCGUGGGAAUGCUUAUCAGUUUAUUAACAGGAGGAAGAAAACAAAACUUAGACCGCAAAUUUCUCUUAACUAAAGAGGACGUCUUAUCAAAUUUUGACAUUUUUAAGAAAAAGGACCGUGUUUUAAGCUAUAAAUCUCAUCCAGUAGAAGAUGGGGGAACUGAUAAUCCUGCUUUCAACCACAUUGAGUUGAACUUCACAGAUCAAAGUGGCAAGAUCAAUGGGACUCAUUUGUGAAACAGCUGUGAUACUAGAUGACCCCACACAGUGUCUCAGUUUUCUGUGUUUUCUAAGAUAAUCCAAUCAGGGUUAGGCAUUUUUUUUUGUUCUGUCACGAGUGUUUUGGAGGAAACUUUGGGGGGAUAAAAUUUUGUUAGGCACAGUCCUGACUUUCCUCAUCGACUACACUCAUUCGUGAUGCUGCUUUGGAGCUCAGAGUGUCUGUGUCAGCAUUCCCGUGUCUCACUGCUUUGCAUCCAUGAAGCUAUCAUUGUGAAAGGUAGGACCCCCUGCGUGCCAAAAGGAUAACACACACAUACACACAUAUCUGAUGGUCAAAAGCAUAUUCUUAAAUUCAGACAUUAUUACAAAUAUUUUCCACACUUUUGGUGCUAGCAUAUAAGUUUGAAAUGCGCUUCUCUCCCUCCUACUGCAUACUCUAUUCUUAGGGAGAAAUGAGGUGACAGGUCUGCGUUGUGUGUAUCUUUGCUUCUCAUUGACCACUGUCAGCCCAGGGCACACAUCAGCCUUGAAACCAAUUCUGGCUCAGGAAGGUAGUAAUCAAGAAACGUACUGUUUGGGACAGACUAUGGGCCCAAUUAGCAAGGUCUUCUUGGUGCCAAGCAUCUAUGCCUAUGCCUUUUUGCUUGUUAGCUAGAGUUCCUGGCCACCUCCUGCUUGUAUUGCCUUUCUUAGACUCUGGGUCUCAUCUGCACUCCUAGUUUCUUUCGCAUCAGCGUUGGUUUUCUUGUGCACUUUACCUUUGCUUGCCUUCCUGAUUUCCUGUUUACCCUGUUGUCUUGAGACGCCUCAUGGGAAUCAUGCUAACCCACAUCCUGGUUCACUAAGCCCCGGCCUAUAAAUCAUAAACACCCGUGAGCCUAGUACUGACUAAAGUACCUUCCACGUAGGUACUCAUGCAUUUGGUGAUUCAAGGACAUUCACAUGAUUAAAAAUGGUUAAGCUCCUUGGAAUUUCCCUUGAUGAUUACAGUGAAUGCCAUUAAGUUGAAUUUUUGAAUGUCAACUACUUUGUAAUCAACUGAAUUUAAUGAUACAUAUGCUUAGAAAUCCUGAAUUCUAGUAUAUCCUCCCAGUUAAAGAGCUAAACUACAUAGGCAAACACUAGUUUUCUUUAAUGUUCUGGAAUUACUAAAUGUAUGGUUUGUUCCAUGUUUUAACAUUUCAAGUAGGAGUCUUGAAGUUUAUUUUGUUUAUUUUGCUACAUUUAUAGCUAAGAGUUUGGUAAAUAUUAAGGCUUUUGUCAAUAACUUUUUUUCCCUAAAGUGCCCAUAUUAGAUAUUGUUUAGAGGUUUUUUUAGCUUUGCAAUGUUUUAAAAUAAUUUCAGAAGUAUUUAUGUACAUUGAUCUAUUUUAUAAUUAAAUAUAUUUUUGCUUUUUUCUGAUAUUUAGGGAAGCAUGCUCAUUUAUGGUUGCUAAUUGAAAGCAUUAAGAAAUAAAAAAAUAGGAAGUACCAUUUAUCUAAAACAGAGGGAUUUAUAUAACACUUAAGUAACAAUGUAUUCAUAUAUUUUAUAUGUGUAUAGAUGUUAUUUUUAAAUCAGUAUAUUUGUAAGCACAUUUAAUUUUGUAAACCUGUACAUUUGAAUGAGUAGAAAGACAAUCUUUUUUUGUUUUAUGUGAGUGUGAUUUGAACUGUUGUUAUUUAUUUCAUAAUUCUAAAUGCACAUGUGUGUAGAACUCUUCAAUUUUGGAAAUCAAAAUCAGGUCAUUUAUUUUCUUCUCGUAUCUGACUGCCAAGGGGUUUGCAGUGUAUUUUUAGUGAGAGAGAAAGUACUUCCAUUUUUUUCCACUUUCUUUUACCACAGUGUGUCUUUGUGAUUAGGAGCUGUUGACCUUUUACUUUUAUAAAUAUCCGACUUUCAGAUAUAA